AGGACAUGUGUCUCAUCACAAGACUGAUCUACAUACAGUUACUAGCAUAGGUUCAAACUCCAGAUUACUCGCUUCCAAGUGCCAAGGUGUUAAAGUCUCAGUUGUGGCAGGCUUCCUGUGCAGUGAAGAUGUGCCUUGGAAGAUGUUCAUUUUAAAAGGCUAAGAGGCUGAAAGGCUCAGCCCAUUGUUAAUUAUUUUCUUUCUGAGUUCCUGCUUUUAAAAAAGGGGCUGUCAGAGUUGAUCUCUUACCUUUCACAGUCACAAAGACUCAGCACAGCUGUUUACCAUAGUACUAGAAGUGUUCUUUCAGUAUUUUUACUGCAAACACCUCCCAUCCUUCUGUCUUGAAAGUUGUGAAAUAACUUUGGUGAAUUCUUGUUCAUUAUAUUCAUGUAAGGACACGAUGCAACAUACUGCACUGAGGCAUAAAAGGAAGUAAACGCACCCAGGCUCCAUUUCUUUGAAUAUCCGUAACAGCAAGGCUAUUGCAGGAACUUUUUCUCUGUACCAUUUGCAUUUUACAAUGAAAAGCAUGUUUUACAUUUUCUAUGUCUUCAUAGCCUUGGUAUUUUUUACACAGCAUGUGAUAGCUAUAAGACAGCUUCAGGGAAUACAAACCUAUGAACUGGUAGUACCACGAAAACUCCACAGUCAGCACAAAAGAGACACAGAGGCACAAUAUCCUGAUGUCUUGCAGUAUGGACUUCGUGUUGAAGGCAAAGACCUGGUGUUGCAUCUGGAAAAGAAUGAGUAA